CAAUGCCUCAAUAAAUCUUGCCCAUGGCCGUUCACAAAAACUAAAAAUAAAUUUUGCAGAGUCACUACCUACCUGAAACUCUCUCUUCCACCAGUGUCUCGGCCCACAAAAACAAUCCACCUCAAGAUCCCUCUUGCUCGCUGUAAUGACUUCUUGGUUUCUGGAUCCUGACUAAUCUUUAUUUGCCUCCUUUUGUAUCCAACCUGACAUGAUUCGCGAGAGCGAAAAUUGAGGGCGCAAGCAGGAGCGCUGAGCAUUUACCGAUUUACAUGACCAAGAUACCAAAAAAUCCCCUUAGAACAGUUUUUUUCACUUUCCAUAAAACUCACAUUGUGAUCAAUUUCGAAACUUAUUUUCAAGAAACGUCCCGCGGAAGACCCCGUUGCUCGCCGAAAACCGAUUAUUUUCAAACUCUUGAGAAGCAUUUCCGAAAAUAACUAAUAUAUGAAGAUGACUGAGUAAUUACAUUUUCCGAGCAGUUUCUAAUUAAAGUUGUUCUGAAAGAGUACUUCUGAAAACAGAAACCAAGAAGGCCUACAGUUUUAUCCAUCCUUUCAGUAUAAUUCAAAUAACACUAUGCUGAUUCCUUCUUUGUUUUAUUGAGUUCCACCUUCAUCUUGAUCCUGAUCUACUUGCCGACAGAAAGGGUUUGAUCUCGAUUUGUUGCUUUUAAAGGUUGUAGUAAAAGGGUGGCUGCUGUUCUAGGGACGAAAACAAAAAACCGGUAUUCCCGAAGCAAGUUUCAAGUUAGUUAUGUUAUGUUAGCUAAAGGAGGAGCAAAUUAAUUAGGCCAUAUGGAACCUUUGUGUGAGUUUUGUUGGGUGGUGAGGGCAGUUGUUUACUGCAAAUCUGAUUCCGCCAGACUUUGCUUGAACUGUGAUAACUGUGUGCACUCUUCUAAUCACUUGUCUCGUAGGCAUAACCGUUCACUCAUAUGUGACAAGUGCAAUUCACAGCCAGCAAAUGUCCGCUGUGUUCUUCACAAAAUGUCGCUGUGUCAGAAUUGCGACUGUAACGGAAAUGGAUGCUCAGGGCCGGGGCAUUUGCGCCAGACAUUGAGAUCUUAUUCGGGAUGUCCUUCGUUGGGUGAAUUUUCGAGGAUUUGGUCUUCUGUUCUUAAUGGGCCUCCUCCUUUAGACGGUUUCGAUCCGUUGAGUAUGCCUUUGAAUGAGAAUUGUGUCAAUCUGAGUUUGGAGCAAAAAGGCAAUGAGGGGUCGGUUGGAUUGGUAACAAGCAAGUUGAAUGAGCUAGAGCCUUGUGCCAAACUUGAAAAUUUGAUGUGUCGAUCUCUUGUUAUUCCUAACAAUGCCGAUUACUUACACCCGAACAAUGGAGAUCAACCACUUCUGUUUCCCAGAGGAUCAAAUCUGCAAAAGCAGGGCUAUUCCGGUUACAAGAAUCUUGAACUUAACGAGGGUGAAGAUCUCAACGCGUAUGACGUUGCAUUCAACCUUGAGAGAUGUGAUGAGAUAUUUGAUUCUUCGCAAGGUCAUUCUAGAUAUAACCUUGAGGACGGAGGAAUAGAUAGCCAACUAAAGGAGAAAAACGUGUCCGAUACUGAAUCUAAUGGUUACGUCCAAAAUAUCGUAGAGGCAUCAUUGUCAGGACAACCAGAGGGCAUGGCUUUGCAAUCUUCAGCGGUUGCUGGGUCAGCUAAUCUUAUGCAGGCUAUGAGCGGAAGUGGUAAUCGGAUGCUUAUUAACAGCUGCAACAGAAAUUUCACCUGGGGUUUUCCUACUGGACAAAUUCCUCCAAGCAUAUCACUUUCACCAUCCAACCUUACGGGUGAAAGCAGCGCUGCUGAUAAUCAGGACUGUGAUUUAUCUCCCAGGUUUAUGACUACUGAACCACCAUGGGAGUCCAAUUCAGAAAUCAGCAACCAACAAGCAAGGGACAAAGCGAAGUUGAGAUAUAACGAAAAGAAGAAAACAAGAAUGUUUAGCAAACAAAUAAGAUAUGCAUCCCGCAAAGCCAGAGCUGAUACACGAAAGCGCGUGAAAGGUAGAUUCACGAAGGCUGGUGAAGCAUGACUAAGAUCCUCUUAUAACAAAGAACUUCUGAGCCAGAUCAUCUGCUUUGGUCCCUUGCACAUCAGACCUGAUUCAAAAAGGUACUUAAAAAGCUACUCACCCGCGAAAUUGAGAGCUAAUCGAACACUAGUUGUACUCGUGAGACUAUGGAGAUGCAGAAGCAGUUGGACAUGGAUUGGCACAAUGAAAUAAAAUGAUCCAUAACGGAAAAUGCAAGAAAUUCCAAAUGCUCCCUAAAAGAGGUUUCAUGUUAAUAAAGUCCUUCUGUACUUGUUGAGAGAAUUACUGGUUAAUUCAACUAAUGAAAUGCUACGCGAUGGAAAGAAUUCUCUUGAAAAAGCUGUACAAAUAAGAUCCUGUCGACUAGAGUAUGAGUAC